UACACCGUCCUACACUUACACAGACACACACGCAUACACACAGAGCUCUGCACCGCGCUCCGAAACGGCCAGCGUAUAGAGAAGAGAGGUUAGAAUCGAACCAGCAGCGCAGAGAGUCAGAGUCGAAACGAAACCUGACAGUCAGUCAGUAUUGAACGUCCGCGCGGCCCGGUUAUUAUGGUGUAGUGUCCGCGACCCGAGCCGAGUUUUAUUGAACUGUUGAUUCGAAUCCGAAAAGAUGUCGGUCAUGCAGAUGCAGCAGGCCAAGAGGCAGCACUGCUACCUAUGCGACUUGCCGCGUAUGCCGUGGGCGAUGGUGCACGAUUUCAGCGAGGCCGUGUGUCGGGGAUGUGUGAAUUACGAGGGUGCCGACAGGAUCGAGAUCGUCCUGGAGACGGCCAGGCAGAUGAAGAGGGCCCACGGGUUCCAGGAGCAGGCACGCCCUUCGCACGCCGCCAAACCGCACAGGAGUACGGGCCACGAGCACCAGAACGGCGAGGUUGUGGGUGCCGCCAGUCGCCAACCUUCCGGACAUCAUUCGACUAAUUAUAAUCUCCACCAUUCGCGGUCGGGAAUGCUUGCCGAAUACCAAACCGUCAGCGCUCCGCCGCCGAGAAAUGCCGCUCUGCCGAGGCCCACGCAGCUUGAGGCGACACCGGAACACGAAGCCCUCGUGGGGCGUACGACUGUUCGCCUUCCCGUCGCUGCCCACCUCACAGCCCAUCACCCCAUAUCUCACCAUCACGCCUCCAACGGCAGGCCCAGCUCCAUACCGCAGCAAGGGUUGAAACGCGGUCUGUCCACGGCGGAAGAUGACGAUCAUCAUCACCACGCGCCUGGUCACCACGCCAACGGCGAGAUGGUCAACCCUUCCAAGAGGAUGAUGUCGGUGGAGGAGCACAGCAAUGCCGUCAGGCCGCCUCUGACCAGGGGUGAGUCCUUACCGGCGGUCUCCAUAGCUCAGAGUUUUGUCGUUUCUACGGAUAGGAGUUUCAAGCAGGAGAAACAUCCCCUGAGAACUGCUUCCUUCGACACGGCUACUGCCUUCAAAAACAGCGUGCCAGUAUCAGUAGCGAACUCUAAUAGUUCUGGAUCGCCCCUCACAAACAGGACCGGCUCACCGCCAGAGGCUAUCACUGCCGGCUCUACGCAGCAGGCGCAGACCAACACAGGAUCGGGACAGAGCCCAAUGGCCGCCCUGAUGUCCGUUGCCGACAAUCUACCCCCAGGCAGUCCGAGAUCUGCCGGAGGUAGUCCCCCGACAAACGCCCUUCCUAGAUCUGCCAGCAGGGGAUCUCAGCAUUCGCCAAACUCAACAGCUGGCUCUUCCAGUGGACGCAGGUCGUCUGGUUCACGACAUGUCUCGUCCACAACCGUCACCUCGACAGAAGCAGGUGCAGGGUCAAUGGGGGGAUCGGGGGUAGACUCUCUGACUGGAAAUUCGGACACAAACGCUCCGCCAACAUCUCAGACCACUGCGAUUUUAAAAUGUACCUUGUGCCAGGAAAGGCUAGAAGAUACGCACUUUGUACAGUGUCCUUCGGUACCCCAUCACAAGUUCUGCUUCCCCUGCAGCAGGGAAAGCAUCAAGAGGCAGGGCGCAGGAGCUGAAGUUUACUGCCCUAGCGGGGAGAAAUGCCCCCUGGCCAAUUCGAACGUGCCCUGGGCGUUCAUGCAGGGUGAAAUAGCGACAAUCCUCGGGGAGGAAUACAAAGUCAAGAAAGAGAGGGAUACUUAAUACAUCCUGUACCGGAAGAAAUGGAAAAAUUUUUGACAGACUUCCUGGAAGUCUGGUUGAGUCUCACAAGUUCAUGGAGAUGAUUGUUGAAAAAAAAAAUAGCGAAAUUUUGGGGAAGAGAUAAUCAGUUGGGAAAUCCGAGAGAAAUGAAAACAGGCUGUGUCAAAUUUAGUGGGUAGGGACAGAGGAUGUCCACGAUGUAUAAAAACCACCGAAUUCAAAGGCUUAUAUCGCCGAAAAUAUGUAGAUAAUAAAAAUUAUUGUGAUCCUUAUAGAUUCUGAGCGCUUGUCUCCGAUUCGAUUUUCGAGAAUUUCCUCCCUCAUUUUAUAAUUUAUAUCCUUUGUAUAUUGGAGUUUUUUGUAAAUAUUGUAUAUACAUAUAGAUUGAAUCUAAAAUAUACUUUAACUCCCUCCCUGCAUACAUGAUUUACAAGUAUUCUAUAAGCAUCUUUAUUGAACACCCACGACUGGUAUGAAUCUUUUGUAUUUUUGUGUCAUUCGCCAGUUGUGUUUUAAUGAAGAAUUUUUUCAUCCAUUCAAGGCCUAUGUUGAGCUGUAUAUACCUGGUAUAUUCUACUGCUUUUCCAAUGUAAACGCAAGUUUUAGUUGUAAGUUGGCUGUACACCCCACCGCAAAGUUUGAAUUUGUUGGGUUCAUAUUUUAUUCGAAUCCUCGCAGUGAAAAAUUAUGGAGCGGAGUAAAAUAGUAUCUUUAUUCGUUGUUAUGAAAAAAUUGUGAACGGUUUGUAGUUUUUCUUUGUGUGGGGGGCAUGCCAUUGUCUUAAUCAUUUCUGAUUGUGGAAAAUUAACUAGUCAAAUAUGUGGAGCAUCAACUUCACUCAAAGGAACUCCAAAACUCGCUGGUAUAUUGUAAGAAUGAAUUAAGAAGUAAUUUUUCCUCAAGUGCAGUUUUCAACAAGUUUUUUUACAUUUUACGCCACCAAGUCCGAAUCGCAGUGAAGUAUUUGUCCAAUGAAAGGAAGAAAAUAGAAGGUUCCAAACUGUUGAAUCUACCUUUUUAGAGAGAUUUAUUCAAUUUUUCCGAUGAAAAAAUUUUUUAGAUUGGGUAUCGUUAUUUCACUCUACCGAAACUCUCAAUAUGCCGAUGGCGGUCUUUUGCUUGCCAGAGGAUCGUUGACGCUGUGUUUCUUCAAUUUUUUCACGUGAAGAAUCUCCUCAGUUGUUACAGGGAAAAUUGUAUCAUAUAAUUUAGAUUGCAAGGGCCCUUACAUUUAAAAUAUUUGUAAUUUGUGCGUAUCGGCACAAAUGUUUUGAGUAUUGACUAUGCCAAUUUAUUGUAAAUGUUGGUUGUUUUAUCGAAAGACAACUGAAAUGUUAUCGUUUGAUGCUUGUACAAUCUAUGCUAUUAGUUGAUGUCAAUAAAGAUAUUCAGUGUCAA